AUGAAGCGUUCUCACCUUAGACAGGUGAGCGCUGCUAGUUUGGACACGCUUUCCACCUCGCGCUCCUUGGGCUCACAGUCUCACAAUGACGUUCUCGGUGAUCGUCCGUCCACGCCGGAGGAGAGGACUGUCCGGUUGCCCUCGAUCGGUCUGGAUCGACGACAAUGCUCGCUCUGGGUUCAUGAUGAAACCUUCUCGAGAGAGGAGAUCCUGUUCAAUCCCGCCGCCUUCGGUGACACCGAGGUGAAUGUGGGCGAUGUCGUCGAGAUCCUCCCUGCCCGGUAUCCUGGGGAUGGUGCGCAUCCAGCGAAGACGGAUGCCGGUUCGAGGUCGUUGCGCGAUAGCCAUGUGGAAUCCAGCUCGACCCUUCAUUCGGACCCCUUGUCGAAGUUCAAAACUCCGCUGCAGAACCGGUGUCUCUUUGUGGUCAAGCUGCUGCCGCACGAUAUCAAGACCCGGCAUCCGAAGCUGGAGAUCUCGGUGACCACUAGUAUAGCUAACAUCUUCGGGUUUAAGAAUCGCUCGACCGUGCACAUCUCGAUCGUGGAUCGUGCGCAGUGCGCCGCGUCCCAUGUGGACAUUUCAUUUCGCGAUCAGUACAUGGUUCGCUCGGACAUGUGGAGACUGGUCAUGUCGGAACUGGCUGAGAAGAUUGUCUACAAGGGCCAAAAGAUCGUGUUCAUGGGUAGUAUCAAGGCAACCGUAAAGAAUAUCUUCAUUCGCGAGAAGAAGGCGCUCUCGGGCUUUUUCUCCCCGCAGACCAUCCCGGUGUUUCGCAGCGAAUCGGCGAAGUAUGUGCUGUUCAUCCAGAUGUCAAGAGAAAUGUGGGAUUUUGAUUCCGAAGGCACGGGCGACAUCCUCUUCAGCCGGGUCAUCAACGGGUUCUUACCGGAACUUUUCAAGCGGUGGGCCAAUACCGAUGCUAGACAUCUAGUCACCAUCGUGCUGUUUACACGGGUUGAAUACGAUGCGUCGGCCAUGGGAACUUCGACCACUCUCAGCUCGGAGAAUCUGAAGAGCAUGUUUAACCCGAACCACGUGCCUACGCGAGACUUCUAUCGAGUAGUGGUAAACGAUAUGGCAAGUGGCCAUUGGACCACGAUCUUGGAUGAGCUGAAAAAAGACUUCCGGUCAUUCUUGCGGGAUGUUUCAAUCCUUCACCAUAAUCAUGAUGCCGAUACUCCCACCGCCAGCGGCGCCAAACAAACCUCGCAGGACCAGCCGCCAAUCAUCGCAGGACGACCGAGUACCGCUCUUCGUGGCAAUAUUCUCGAGGCAAUUCACUUGGCGUCGUCACAUCUGGCGUACGAUCACAUAGAUCGGGACAUGGUGCAUACAGGCACGUCUAUUAUAGUCAUUACUCCCGGAAGUGGUGUUUUUGAGGUGUCAUAUGAGUCUUUGGCAUCUACUACAGAGGCUCUCACCAAUCGCGGGAUCGCCAUCGAUCUGGUCUGCCUCAGUCCUAUGCCCCUUCACUCCGUGCCGCUAUUCAAAUACCGAGAGCCUGUUCGAAGACCGUCGGGCUCCUCGUUUACUGAGAUCCAGAAUGGUGGCUAUUCUCCCGAGAUGCACUCAUUCGCUAGCUUGGUGAAUCGCACAACGCAUCUUUCUCCUAAAUCGGUCUUGCAUGACUCCCUUCCGGGAAUGGGUUUCAAGAAGCCGUGGUCCUCAGGGUCUCGAGAUUGGAACUACGGGAUCCCUCACUGGUUGGACAUAUCGUACUGGAAUCCUGUAACGUACAGGGAAGCUCGACGGAUUUUGAAGAAAGACCCCAAUGCACCGAUACCAUUCACGGUCACCAGGAAAUCCAAAUUGUUUGUACCCAGGGUUCGAAUGUACGAAAUUCAAAUGAAUGGUAUCAUGGAGAGUGAACAAUCUAAUAUUUCCAUCCCUUAUCUCCUGGAGGGACAAGGUACCGCCCGGGGACCCAGUGCUGGUCUCAGUAUGAGCUCCGGCACUCUGGCUCCUACUAAAGCUUCUCUUACUCGCAAUUCCUCCUUCAGGCAUCAACUAGGUGAUAGCCUACGGCCCGAACCAUUUCUUCAAAACAUGCCGAAUCCCAAGGACGUGAUGAUGGCGAAGUCCAAGAAAUUCGCACCGAGUUCGACGCUCGCGUGGAUGGACAGCUACGACGAUACCGUGUUCCAUCCCUUUCCCAAACGGCGCCAACGCCGGAAGCCUGUAAAACAGAAGCGUCCAAGUGAACCCGAUGUGCAGAUCUCCAGUGCACAUGACCGUAUUUCAGCUCGAUCAAUCUCACAUCUUCGGAAAAAUGAAACCGAUACCAAAGAGCGCGAAAAUACCGUCAUAUCCGAGCCUCGGAACAUUGACGGGCCAUUCGCAGUUCCAAAGAGUCCAGUUUCUACAAAAAGCGCAUCCCCCAAAAAGCCUGCCUUAAAGUCAACUUCUUCAUUAAAAUUGCCGCGCAUAUCGCGAACGAUUAGCUUUGCUCUGCGCGGUCUGACUGCCGCUCCACCUCGAGCUCAGGCGAGCACCGAGGUCAAUGUAGAGCAUGCGAGGGGCAUGCCAACGUCAAACCAGAAGAAGAUCACGGGCGUACUUGCAGACAACAAAAGUGCAGAUUCUGCGAGCAUAUCUGAUAGUGCAUCGACGUCCACCGUGAUUGAUACUUCUGCCCCAAGCCCCACACCCCAAAAGUCCAUCGAGAGUUCCUCUAUGACACCCACGCGACCAAUUUCUAUCAAAGUGCCUCCCAAACAACCCGACGAGAACUCGGAGCAACCAGAACGUACCGAGAUUCCAGAGUCCUACUCAACAACCGGCACCGAGAUCCCCCUCAAUGAAGAUGCCCGUCACGAGGCUCAGUCGAGAAAGCGUGGUCCUAGGUUUGAAUUAACGGUGAGCGGCGGUUCGCGCGGUGGAGCACCCAAAUCUCCGCAGAGCAAAGCGCUGGCUCCCUGGGUUCGCUCGGUCAAUCCAUGCAACACCCCUCGAGAUGUCUUGCGGGAUACUAGUUGGUUUGGACGCUGGCAACAUGCCUAUCCAAGACCGCCCCACGUCGCUGUUGUCAAAUGGAAGAGCUUAAAGUCACCUGCCAUUCUACCACUCACGACGGAAGAAUUCCCAAAUGCAAGUGAACUUGCGUCGGACUACUUGCAAACACCAUAUCGUGUCUUCCCGAACGAUGAUCCUGAGGGCACUGAAGCUCCCAAAACUCGCGGCCUGCUCCUGCGAGAGAUGAUCUCUCUUCGUCUCUCUCACGGAUUCCAGAUCGUCGUCGGAAAAAAUGUGGCUGAAGUCUCGGGGCAGUAUGCGCUGCAAUCUCCCAACGUCUUUGACACCCAAGGAUUAGAAAAGGACGGGGCCUAUGUUUUCUUGUCGAAAGGGAACACUAUCCACCGGUUGAUCUGUAUUGAUAGUGCAGAGAUUGAAGUCACACGGUUUACUCAUCGGGUUUCUUCUUCUCUCUCGUCUGAAAAGCGGCCUAAUUUCAGCAUCUAUUCUCCGGCCAUGCGCACAAUAUUGAGUCCCGAAUAUAGGAUCAAGGACAUAAGACUCGACUCAACUACCGAGGAGUAUAACUGGAACUAUGCCGAUAACUAUGUUGCCGGGCAUAGAGAUUAUUUGUUUAAUCCAGCCCAGCAACUACAAUUCUGGCGUGUACGUUACGUGCUCAUACCGAUGCAACUGCAUGUUGGAUCCCGUCGGCAUAUCCAGUCUUUCAACGAGGAUAACGAAGAAGAAAUUCAUCUACUCGGAAUCAACCAACUCACUCAUAUAUGGCAACGACACAAAUACGUCCCCCCGGAGGAGAAGAGGUUCGAGAGCUCCAACAAAAAGAGAGAUCAGAAUCCCCUGAACAUCAUGUAUCAAACCCGGAACCCACCUGAAGUGGUUGCGGCGGAGCUGGAUCGAAUCUUGCUUACGGACCCGGGUCUGGAUAAUUCCCCUGCGCAACUGUUGCCCGAGUCAGAGUUACUCGAGCGCUCGAGUAUCAGCCUUUCGUCGUUGGCACAAAUUAUCCAGGGGGAUAAAGGUGUCCGAAUGAUGGACCGCAGAUGGCACUGGCGAUUGCAUUACAAUUGUUUCAUCGGUUUCGAGCUCACUACCUGGCUACUUCAAAAUUUCCGCGAUAUUGACAGUCGCGAGGAAGCAGUUGAAUUCGGCAACGAGCUGAUGAAGCAUGGUUUGUACCAACACGUCGAGAAACGACAUAAUUUCCGGGACGGUAAUUACUUCUACCAGAUUUCUAGCGAGCAUCGGAUCUCGCGUCCUGAGUCUCGCGGCAGCUGGUUCCCUCAGAUCCGAACCGAUAAGUCGGUUCCUUCUACGCCGGCCGGCGAACGUCCCCGAGACUCGCCCGCUAGCAUUCCCAGUGCUCAUGCUAGAACAGAAAGCACCGACGAGCCCGCAGUGCAGACGCCAAAUACUCCGUCCAAAACCAAGAACAAAGCCACGAUCAUGCUGUCGAAGUCUAUGAAAUAUGACGUCGACCCGCGCAAACGAUCCAACCGACCCGAGGUCAUCGAACUCCAUUACGAUCGGCUGCAUAACCCGGAUAACUGUUUUCACAUAGAACUCAGCUGGAUGAACACGACCGCGAAGUUGAUCGAGGAUACCGUACUGUCAUGGGCUGCUACGGCGGAGAAGUUCGGGCUCAAACUUGUGCAAGUCCCGAUCGCUGAGGCCUGUGCCAUUGACGAGACGCAACCGUUCCGAAAGCCCUACCUUGUCCGGCUCACCACCCCCCCUCCCAAGGCGCCCGCUCCUACGCUGUUCCACCAAGGAUCGUUUUCGCAGCAGGGUACCCCCGACCGCCAUUACUUCCAGAAAGCACUCUUGCGCAAAUUCGAAUUCGUCCUAGACUUCGAAGCGCGGUCCGCCUUCCCUGCCGACGUGGAGGUGUCUUAUUCUUGGGGCAUCCCUGACUACCGGUUUCCGCAGUACAUCCACCGAUCUGGCAGCGUUCUAGCACAGAUUACCGACGAGGGAGAUUUCCUCUUCCUUGCCAAUCGGCUAGUCAGUACACGAAGCGUCGCCAGCCGCGACAUGCCUCGACACGACCGGUCCGAUCAAUACCGAGCGAGGGCAAGCACGUAUGAUCCUAUCGAUCGGGUAUCUCCUCGCCUAUCUCCCAUCACCCGCCCGAUCCACGACCCCAACAGUCCCAUCAGCCCUCAGGGUUCGGCCAGCAUCGAUUCGGCUAACCUCUAUCGCGCCCCUGAGCACAUUUUGAGCGGGUUCGUGGACUUUUGCAGCGACUCGGCCAAGCUGGAGCAAUUCUACGGCGAGUCUCUGAUCCGACCGGUAUCCACCAAGGUCGAACCGGCCCAGACGCCUCUGAUGGAUUCUUCCAUUCCUUCACUUGAAUUGCCGGCCAGCGUUGUCAGCCAUCAUAUUUCCCCUCCGCCGGCACUCUCUCGAGGAGUACAGCACUCGACGAUUUCGUCCUUGGAUUCGAUCGCGCGUCCGCGAAAGGACCCAAGUGGGCAUCGGAGUCCGCGAAGUACCGGACUGCGACCGGUUCGAUUGGAAGGCAUUCGCAUUGACUGGAUGAACAAUGUCGAGAGACUGAGCGUUGAGAAUGACUCGGUCGAUCUCCUCUUGAAUAAGUUCCAGAGACAUCGUGGAGACACGCUAAACUCAGGUCCGCCCGUCCCGUUAUCGUGGAGUUCGGCCAUCCAAGCUCAUGUCACUUCUCCAUUGGAGGGUGUUAUCGGGGUGAAAUUUUGCCAUUGGGCGGGCGAAGUGGACAAUGGCCCUCACUACAAAUUGGCCUCUUCCUCCGGUCACACCAAGAUCCACCACGAAAAGAGCAAGACGCUGCAAUACAGCAGUGGCCCCCUAGACUUGAACAUCAAGACUGAGCCGAACGAGCUAGACUUCGUAUUCUCAGGCGCCAAGGGCAAGCUCACCGGUCACUCGUGGCGAUCCAUCGGAUACAUCGGCGACCAGACGACGGAGAAAUCCCGCUGGGACGAUGGCAUCUUCUUCGAGCGUCAGGGAUACAUGCUCGCGGCGCUGGACCUGGGUGUCGGCGAGCGGGUCUAUGGACUGGGAGAGCGAUUCGGGCCCCUCGUCAAGAAUGGACAGACCGUCGACAUCUGGAACGAGGACGGCGGUACCUCGUCGGAGCUGGCAUAUAAGAACAUCCCCUUCUACAUCAGCUCGAACGGAUACGGUGUCUUUGUGAACAACCCCGGGAAGGUCAGCUUGGAGAUUCAGUCCGAGCGGACUACACGCGUGAAUCUCUCCAUCGCUGGCGAGGAGCUUGAAUACUUUGUCGUGUACGGAAGCACGCCCAAGGAGAUUCUCAACCGGUAUACCGCCUUGACGGGUCGUCCUAGCCUGGUCCCGUCGUGGAGUUAUAACCUGUGGCUUACUACCAGUUUCACUACCAACUACGACGAGCAGACCGUCACCGGCUUCCUGGACGGGUUCCGGGACCGGGACAUCCCCCUGGGCGUCUUCCACUUUGACUGCUUCUGGAUGAAAUCCUACCAAUGGUGCGACUUUGAAUUCGACUCCGAAAUGUUCCCCGAUGCCCCGGGCUACCUCAAACGAUUGAAAGACCGGGAUCUCCGCAUCAGUGUCUGGAUCAACCCCUACGUCGGACAAGCAUCGCCGCUCUUCGCGGAGGGCAAGAAGAAUGGUUAUUUCAUUAAGCGCACUGACGGCUCCGUCUGGCAAUGGGACUACUGGCAAGCCGGCAUGGCCGUCGUCGACUUCACCAACCCAGACGCCUGCGCCUGGUUCUCCUCGCACCUGAAGCGCCUCAUGGACAUGGGCGUCGACAGCUUCAAGACCGACUUCGCCGAGCGCAUCCCCUACCGCAACGUGCAGUACCACGACGGGUCCGACCCCGUCCGCAUGCACAACUACUACACCCUGCUCUUCAACAAGGUCGUCUACGACACCAUGAUCGACCGCUACGGCGCCUCCCAGAGCCUGCUCUUCGCCCGCAGCACCGCCCCCGGCGGCCAGAUCUACCCAGUCCACUGGGGCGGCGACUGCGAGUCCACCUACGAAGCCAUGGCUGAGUCCCUGCGCGGCGGCCUCAGCCUCAUGCUCUCGGGCUACAUCUUCUGGGCCUCCGACAUCGGCGGCUUCGAAGGCACCCCGCCGCCCGCGCUGUACAAGCGCUGGGUCCAAUUCGGCCUCCUGUCCUCGCACUCCCGUCUCCACGGGUCCUCGUCCUUCCGUGUCCCCUGGAUCUACGGCGAGGACUGCAGCGCCGUGCUGCGCGACUGCGUCAACCGCAAGAUCCAGCUCACCCCGUAUCUCCUCGCCGAGGCCCUCCGCGGCCACAACGAGGGCGUGCCCCUCAUGCGACCCAUGUUCCUCGAGUUCCCGGACGACUUGACCACCUAUCCGCUCGACACGCAGUACAUGUUCGGUCCUAACUUGCUCGUGGCGCCCGUCUUCUCGGAAAACGGCUCCGUUACGUUCUACGUGCCGCGUACCCCGGAGGACGACGCUGGCCGCUGGAUCUCCUGGUUCGACCACAGCAAGUCCUACGAGUCUGGUCGCUGGUACACCGAGACGCAUGGUUUCGAGACCCUCCCCAUCUUGAUCCGUCCCGGGUCGGUGACCCCGAUCAACGCGAAGUUGAAGGCGCCGCAGGGCGAUGCGCUGGAUGGGCUGGAGGUGCUGGUCAAUGGAUCGCUGCAGGACGAGUUCAAGCUGGAUGUGGUGGAUCCGAGCAACACGGGCAAGGUGUUGAAGGUGGUUACGGUCGGGGUCAAGGAUGGGGCCGUGGUUGCUGAUGAUGCCGGGGUGAAGGUCACUUCGGUGGGACGGUAG